CGACUAGACUUGCAGAACUUUCAUGGCAUUCCGUUUCUCUUUCCUUGUAGCAACCUAAUCUCCAGAUACUAAAAUCAAAACAAAAGAUGUUAAACAGCUGUUUUUCUCCAAAUUAGAGGGGUUGAUUUACGGGCUGCAGUUUCAUACGUGGGUCCCCCACCCCUUUGGCUCUGUGCAAUUUGACAGCCUAAACAACAGCCUGGAAAGAGCUGUUGGAGUUCCACUGAAGCUUCCAACUGAUUGACGGGUGUUCAUCAAAAUAGUGCCAUUGAUGAGAAAUCUUGAGCUGGGUUUCUCCCCUUUUGUGCUUUCACAGCCAUACCCAUUCCAGUCCACUGCAUCUACCACGCAUUUUAGCUCUUUAUCUGAGGUAAGGCCACCCCAAACUUUCAUCUCUUUUUGGUUCUUCCUGUUUUCGUGAUUAUCUGUGGUCCAUAUUUCAGUUCAGUUUCCCUUUUGACUUUUUUCAGCUAUUUGGGUAGGACAUUGGUAGAUCUUGGGGUUUUUCACCUUUGGGUUUCACGGCAUGAGUUUUGGGGACUUGGGUCUGCUCCAUUUGGGCAAUUGAGGGCUUCUUUAUUAUAAAGUUUGAGUCUUGUCCAUUAGGCUCUUUAAUAGUUUUGUUCCCUUGAAUCUAGCCAGUGUGCCAAUUGGGGGUCUCUUUCUUAUCAGUUUUGAGUCUUGUGACUCUUGUCCAUUUGGGGUUUUACUAGUUUUGCUCCCUUGAAUUUUGGGUUUGAAGUUUAACUAAAUCAGCUCCUUGCUUUUAUGUGUUGAGAACUGGAGGCAGUGCGGACUUCGGCCAAUUCUUGUUAUCGUCUUUUUUUGGGAUUUUGGUAGCCGAAAAUGAUAGGGAUGAAACUAGUGAAGUGGGUUCCUUUCGUUCUAUCUUUUUUGUUUGUUUUUGUGGUUCAUGAAUCCUUUGCCUCUUUCAUCCCUCUUGAUAACUAUUUGAUUGCUUGUGGAUCUUCACAAAAUGUAACAUUCCUAGGUCAGACAUAUAUUUCUGAUUCAGUGCAAUCUUCGUUUUCAUGGAAAAGUCAAGGAAAUUCUAUUGUUACUACCUCCAAUUCUAGUGCCCCUUUUCCGGUCUACCAAUCUGCUCGAGUUUUCCAAAAUCCGUUAUCAUACAAAUUCGAUAUCAAACAAGUAGGUGGGCACUGGAUCCGGCUCUACUUUUACCCUCUUCCAGAUUCAGGUCAAAACUUGUCAUCCGCCUCCAUAACCGUAGUCACGGAAAACUUUGUGCUCUUGAGCAACUUUACAUUCAAGAACUACAAUGGCUCUUAUCUGUUUAAGGAGUAUGCUGUCAAUGUGGCUUCGGACGACUUGACACUUACUUUCAUCCCUUCCAACAAUUCAGUGGCAUUUGUUAAUGCGAUUGAAGUUGUCUCCAUCCCGGACGAGUUGCUGCCUGACCAGGCACUAGCUUUAUCCCCCUCUGCCCCUUUUAGUGGCCUUUCCAGUUAUGCCCUUGAAACCGUUUACAGAUUGAACAUGGGCGGUCCCUUGCUCACUGCUCAGAAUGAUACAUUGGGAAGAACUUGGGAAAAUGAUGCGAGAUACCUCCACGUGAACAGCUCUGCUGUCAAUGUUUCUGUUAACCCUGCAAACAUAAAAUACAAAGCUGCUCUCACACCUCAAAUUGCACCAAAUUGGGUUUAUGCCACAGCUGAAACCAUGGGUGAGGCCAAUGUAGCCGAUGAUAACUUCAACAUUACAUGGGUCCUACCUGUUGACCCAAACUUCACCUAUUUUGUCAGAGUGCACUUCUGCGAUAUCGUGAGCAAGUCCAUGAACAACCUUGUGUUCAAUCUAUACAUAAACUCUUAUAUUGCUCUUGGGAGUUUGGACCUAUCAACUUUAACAGGAGGCUUGGGUGUGCCUUACUACAAAGAUUUUGUUUCCAAUACUUCUGCCAAUUCCGAUACUUUGACAGUCAGUGUUGGUCCAGAUACAAUGGCUGAUGUAACGGAUGCCAUCAUGAAUGGUUUGGAGGUACUGAAGAUUAGUAAUAAAGCCAGGAGUUUGGACGGGCUUUCACCCGUUGAGACUAUCCUCCCUUUAUCAGCCUCCAAAAACAUCAGCAUCGGCAUUAUAAUCGGUUCAGUUGUGGGUGCUGUAGCUGCAGUUGCAUUUAUUGGUUUCUGUUAUUGCUGCUUGGUAUCCCGUAGGUCAAAGACUACCAAUACAGGGGGGCAUACAUGGCUUCCUCUUCCUUUACAUGGAAACUCUCAAACCAUGACAAAAAUGUCUACAGUUUCUCAGAAGAGCGGAACCGCCAGCUGUAUCUCUUUAGCUUCCAGCAACCUCGGUCGGUUGUUCACGUUCCAAGAAAUUAUGGAUGCCACUAACAAGUUCGACGAGAGCUUGCUUCUUGGGGUUGGGGGUUUUGGUAGGGUCUACAAGGGGACAGUGGAAGAUGGGACUAAAGUUGCUGUGAAGAGAGGUAACCCCAGAUCUGAACAAGGUCUUGCGGAAUUUCGAACUGAGAUCGAAAUGCUGUCCAAACUCCGUCAUCGGCACCUGGUCUCUCUUAUUGGGUAUUGCGAUGAGCGGUCAGAAAUGAUACUGGUUUAUGAAUACAUGGCAAAUGGGCCCCUCCGGAGCCAUCUUUAUGGAACAGAUCUCCCUCCUCUCUCAUGGAAGCAACGGCUUGAGAUUUGCAUAGGGGCUUGUAGGGGUCUUCACUAUCUCCACACAGGGGCAGCUCAAAGUAUUAUUCACAGAGAUGUGAAGACAACAAAUAUACUCUUGGAUGAGAAUUUUGUAGCCAAAGUUGCUGAUUUUGGUCUCUCUAAAACAGGUCCAGCUUUGGAUCAGACCCAUGUGAGUACUGCCGUGAAGGGUAGUUUUGGCUACCUUGAUCCUGAAUACUUCAGAAGACAGCAACUUACUGAGAAAUCAGAUGUUUAUUCAUUUGGGGUGGUUCUAAUGGAAGUUCUAUGCACAAGACCGGCUUUAAACCCUGUGCUCCCUAGGGAACAAGUUAAUAUCGCGGAAUGGGCAAUGACUUGGCAAAAGAAAGGGAUGUUGGAUCAAAUCAUGGACCAGAAUCUGGUAGGGAAGGUAAAUCCGGCUUCCCUUAGAAAGUUUGGAGAGACAGCGGAGAAGUGUUUGGCUGAGCACGGGGUGGACAGGCCAUCAAUGGGUGAUGUUCUGUGGAACCUUGAGUAUGCUCUUCAGCUCGAGGAGACAUCAUCAGCUCUCAUGGAACCCGAGGAUAAUAGUACAAAUCAUAUCCCAGUCAUUCCACUGACUCCACUUGAGCCAUUCGAUAAUAGUGUCAGUAUGGUUGAUGGUGUGGCUUCUGGCACUGAUGACGAUGCGGAAGAUGCUGCGACAAGUGCUGUUUUCUCGCAGCUGGUUAAUCCACGUGGAAGAUAAGAAGUAUAUGUCCAGAUGCUUGUGAUCUCAGCUGUUGGAUGAGUAGAGAUUGGUUUUUCCCCAGGCUCAGAAGUUAAUGGACCUCUCUCGAGUAAGGGAAGCUUAUUCCUCUUCUUUCUGCUUGUUUUUGUUCUCGGUUUAUACAGCAAUGUUUAUGCGAUAAUAAGAUUGGGUAUGUACUGUAGCAGAUUUGUGGGAGCCAUUGGAUCCAUCAAAUGCUGUGCGUAAAUUAGCACAGAUUGUAAUAUUGUUUUGAUUUCAAUUAAUAUAAUUGUCAACUGUCCUCAUUUCCUGUCA